GGACUCUGGACAGGCAUUGUGGAUAUCUCACAGCGUAUCUUGGUUUGGCUAAUCCUCACUGUAACGCUGCAAGGUGGAAAUGAGUUUUGGCUUUCAAAGGGCAGGACGAGCUCUUGUGACGUGAGCUGCUUUGAAGCCAUGCAGGUAGUGGGUUGUAUGGUCCAGGCCUCCAUGAAGAGCCCAAACAUGGAGACGUUCAAGCAGCAGAAGGUGGAGGACUUUUAUGACAUCGGAGAGGAGCUGGGGAGUGGCCAGUUUGCCAUCGUGAAGAAGUGCCGGGAGAAGAGCACAGGACUGGAGUAUGCAGCCAAGUUCAUCAAGAAGCGACAGAGCCGAGCCAGCCGGCGGGGUGUGUGCCGGGAAGAGAUUGAGCGGGAGGUGAGCAUCCUGCGGCAGGUGCUGCACCCCAACAUCAUCACGCUGCACGACGUCUACGAGAACCGCACCGAUGUGGUGCUCAUCCUCGAGCUAGUGUCUGGUGGAGAGCUGUUUGAUUUCCUGGCCCAGAAGGAGUCGCUGAGUGAGGAGGAAGCCACCAGCUUCAUUAAGCAGAUCCUGGAUGGGGUGAACUACCUUCAUACAAAGAAAAUUGCUCACUUUGAUCUUAAGCCAGAAAACAUUAUGUUAUUAGACAAGAAUAUUCCCAUUCCACACAUCAAGCUGAUUGAUUUUGGCCUGGCUCACGAAAUAGAAGAUGGAGUUGAAUUUAAGAACAUUUUUGGGACGCCAGAAUUUGUUGCUCCAGAAAUCGUGAACUAUGAGCCCCUGGGGCUUGAGGCUGACAUGUGGAGCAUCGGUGUCAUCACCUACAUCCUCCUCAGUGGAGCAUCCCCUUUUCUGGGAGACACAAAGCAGGAAACACUGGCAAAUAUCACAGCAGUGAGUUACGACUUCGAUGAGGAAUUCUUCAGCCAGACUAGUGAAUUGGCCAAGGACUUCAUUCGGAAGCUUCUGGUUAAAGAGACCCGGAAACGGCUCACCAUCCAAGAGGCUCUCAGGCAUCCCUGGAUCACGUCGAAGGGAGAAGUCAGAGCUCCUGAGCAGCAGAAGACACAACCCAUUGAGCUGAAGACCAAGCGUCUGAGAGAGUAUACCCUCAAAUGCCACUCAAGCAUGCCCCCCAACAACACUUAUGUCAACUUUGAGCGUUUCGCCCAUGUGGUAGAAGAUAUGGCUGGGGUGGACCAGGGAUAUCGUGCCUUAGUGGGGGCCCGUGACACUCUCCAGGAUGAUGUGGAAACCCUGGUCUCCAUCUACAAUGAGAAGGAGACUUGGUACCGAGAGGAGAAUGAGAGCGCCCGGCACAAUCUGUCCCAGCUCAGGUAUGAGUUCCGCAAGUUGGAGUCCUUGAAGAAGCUCCUGCGAGAAGAUAUCCAGGCCACAGGGGCUAGCAUUGGAGGUGUGGCCAGGAAACUGGACCAUCUGCAGACACAGUUUGAGGCUCUGAGGCAGGAGCUCUCAGCCGACCUACAGUGGAUACAGGAAAUGAUGGGCAGCUUCCAGUUAGAGAGUGGGGACACAGAUGGCCUGGGAGCCAUGUUCCACCAGGAUGCCAGUGAAUCCCUAUCGGAGCUGCUCAGCAGACCACACACAGAGGAAGUCCUUGCCAGCCUGAAGCUCUGAGCACUAGAAUCCAGUCAAUAAAGCACUUUCCCAUUCCCCUGCCUCCGCUUCCAGCUAGAAUCAUCCUGUAGGGAGUAUAUCUGUAGGGCAGCUUUCCACCCCUCUCCAGAGAAUUGACAGUUGCCGAGGUGCUGGUUAAUUAUUAAUUCCACACCUCCUCUCACCAACCUGGAUUUCUCAGAGAGUGAUGGCAGAGCAGCCAAGCUGUUAAAACAAUUAGAGAACAAAUUCCCCUCACCAUACCCUUUUCCACAGGGAGUGAAGCACUCCUUGGGGAGAUGCUUGAGAAUGGAUUUGUGGUGAUGGGUUUGUUCGCCUCUCUCUUCCCACCUACAUGCCUUAUGAUUGCAGAUCUUGAGUGAUAUUUGAGUUAACUAAGGAUAACUAAGUGAGCAUAGUGCUUUCCUGCUACAGAAGCAAGAAUUUAAAAUGCACAGAGAAAAUAAUACUACCUUUUGUUUGAACUGACUUUUCACGUAAGGAGCCCUUAUGUCUGUGACCUCACUUGAUCCUUAAAGAACUCUUUGAGAUGGGAAAGUAGGAGAUGAUAUGAUUUCUAUGUAACUGAUGAGGAAACUGAGAGGGAGGAUGGUGUAGGAUUAUUCAUAGCCAGUUGAUGCCAAUGAAACAGGAACCCAGGUGCCCAUCUCCAAGACGAAGCAUAUGGGAGGAAGUAGUGAGGCUUAGUUGUAAAUAUCCACCUUAAUAUUAAAGUUUGGAUCCCAGAGGCCAAGCAAGCAACUUCAUGUAUUUUUCCAGGUGUGGGUGGAAUGCAUACACUUGUACAUGAUUGUCCCAGGAGCCAUGUCCCAGACGGUGUAGUCACUGUUCCUACCCAGCCCUGUCCAGGUCUGAAGACCAACCUGCAAAGCAGGAGGAAAGAGGAGCAUCUCCCUCUUCUCCACUUUUUCCUCCAACUUAUGGCUAAGUGCCCCAACUGUGCAUUGAUAACAAGAACCAAAAGGGGCUCAACCAAGAGCUUCCUUUCCUAUGUACUAAGCCAUUGGGCCUUGACAGUCUACUAGACUCCAUCAGAAUUUUUGAAGAGGAUGGACAGGAAGACUGGGAAGCACAAAGCUCAGUGACUCCUUCAUGAUACAAAGCUUUGAGCAUCCCUCUUGAGGAUUAUGUGAUCUCAUCCCCUUUUCCUCAAAGGAAGAGGCAGUCAACAUAAUCAUAAAAUCAUACAGUCAGUGCAGGGAGAUGGACAUGGCCCUGCUAGAAGUUUUGGGUUGGGGAGUGGACCAGUUAAAGAGUUUCAAAGUACCUUCAUGGCUUCACAAAACAUCCCUGUCAUUUGGAUUGGAUAUUAUCCCCGGUUUAGAGAUGAGGAAACAGAGGAUGUGAUUUACUCCAGGUCACAUCAUUAAUGACAAAAUAGGGGCCUUCUAAUGGCAAUCUAUGGCUCUUUCUGCUUCUUCUAAAUGCUCCAAUCUCUAGGAGUUUACUGUCUGCAGGUGGAGGCAGAUGAUAUCCAGAUUCAUCUGUUCAUUCAAAAAAUAACUUUCAGGCAUCUACCAACUUCCAGAAACAUGGCUUGACUGAUGAUACACGGUUGAGUAAAAAACAGGCCUGUCUCUUGCUUCGUGGAGUUCUCUGUCCUCUGAAGGAUUCCAACAUUAACCAAGAAUCAUUAAAACGUAGAACUGUGGCUGGGACACAUGCUAAGAAAGGGAAGCAUUCCUCAAUGCAAGAACCUAUGGUGGGGCCUUUGAUCUGGUCAGAGGAGGUGUCUGUCCCAAAAGCAGGGAUGCUGGAACUGAGACCAGCUAAGCAAACGAGGGAGAGAAGUGUUUCCAACAGGGCCAUCAUGUCAGGGCUCUGUAAUGAGUAGGGCAUGGAAGACUGGAAGUGCCAGGACAGUAAGACAGCUAGAGGGGAGAACAGGAAUGUCUACAUGGCUGGGGAGGAGGCAGGACCAGGAGGUCCUUGGCCACAUUAAAGAACUCUGCCUUGCUAGGCAUGGUGGCACAUGCCUGUAGUCCCAGCAAUUUGUGAGGCCAAGACAAGAGAAUCACAAGUUCAAAACACCAGCCUCAACAAUUUCGUGAGGCCCUAAGCAAAUCAGCAAGAUCCUGUCUCAAAAUAAAAAAAGGUCUGCCUUUGUCCCUGGAGUCAUGGGAAGCCACUGACAACUCCUGGGCUGGUGUUAGAGGGGAAACACUCAGACAGGAAGUGAGUUAGGACAACACAUAUUUUGAUGUCAUGAAAUCAUUUCUUCAAAAUCCUGUCUCCUUUUCUUUUAGCAAGCUGAAUUAUUUCAAAUAUCAUAUAAUACUUGAAACAGAAUCUUUUCAUCAAAUAUAAGAAAUAAUAAUAAUUAUAAUAAUAAUAAUAAUUAUUAUUAUUAUUUUGUACCAGGGAUUGAACCCAGGGGUGUUUAACCACUGAGCCACAUCUCCAGCCCUUUUUAAUAUUUUAUUUAGAGACCUGGUCUUGAUGAGUUACUCAGGGCUUCACUGCUGAGGCAGGCUUUGAACUUGUGAUCCUUCUGCUCAGCCUCCUGAGCCACUGAGAUUAUAGGUGUACACUAAUGUCCCUGGCUAAGAAACCAUGAUUAUAAGAUAUUAUCAUUGUUUUAUGUACCAUUAAAAAAUAAAAAUGCCCAACAUGGGAAGUCUAAUGGGAGAGCCUUAGACACAUAAAGUUGUGAUAAAAUAAUGAUAGGGUAAAUGAGAACUAGAGCUGCUAUGAAGGAAGAGAGAGCAAAAAAAUACAUCUCAUUCUGGACAAUAUGUGGGGAUGGAAAAUCCUCCUGAGAAUGGGAGGCCCAGGCUGCUAGUCCUCAUGCAGGGUUCCUCUUUGCCACAAGCUGUGCGAUAUUGAAGAACUUCAAGUAUGGAAUGUCAUGGCCAACAGUCUGAGGCUGGGUGGCCCCACAUGACCAGCCAGUGCAAGCCUCUCUGGGAGCAUCUGCCUCUACUCCAGGGCCACAGCAAUGAUAUGACAUUGUUGACUGGGAGAUGCCUCCUCAUUUCUGAGAUCCAAAAACAUGCAUCUUGGAAUCAAGGAAAGAUGACAAAAACCCUAUUUCUCUACCCGAGAGAAUUGGUACAAAAUGACCUCUACAAUCUCUCCAAAGACUUCUCUGCCCUGUCACAGGAUGUUGUAUACUUGUUUGGCAUAGAUUCUGCAAAUAUUAAAGGUCUCUUUGGCCACGUUAACAGGCAUUGACCUUCAAUGCCAGGCUUCCUGAGGCCAGGAUGACUGCCAGUUGAGCAACACAGGGCAGAGCAACACAGGGCAAUAAAUGGGAAUAAAGAAAAAGAAUAAUAUGGUGGCAAUGAUUUGAAUUAGAGAGACUGGGAAAAAGGGAGGAAGAAGUGAUUAUCUUAGAUUUGUGGAAUCAGCUACAUACCAUCUGAUAUCCUCAUUUUACAGCCUCGUAGAGGGCAAGUUUGUUCAGUCUCUGCUGAUCAGCCCCUGAGCUGGGCACCCAGCCAUAAGUAGUUUUUCUUCAGAGUAGUAAAAUGGUCCUGUGUGUGUUUCCAGUCAUUGGUAACUGCUUCUCCUUUACGGUGUUUCAAAAACAGACCUUUUUCUGUACAAAGAGCAUCUAAAGACAAAUCAAAGUAAAUUGAGAAAAGCCCCCAAGUCUGUCAGGGAAAUCAGAGAAGCCUGUGACCUUCCUCUGUCUCCUGCCAGUAGAAUUCCUUUGGCUCUCAACCUGGUGCUGAGGGGAACCCAAGGAGGCCUGUGGAACGCAGCCAGUGAACCUGCUUGCUCUGUUCCCCCCAUGCCCACGGUUGGCAUUGUAACAGUGGUGGUAAGGGCAGGGCUGGCCAUGGUGGAUGGCACGUGGGCAUAUUUUCUUGGGACCUUGAGGGAGGACUUCUUGGGGGCACUGCUCUGUGGGCAGGCCCCUCUGCCAUCAUGGAGGAUUUUUCGUUCACAAGAAUUAAGUAAAUUAAAGGUCAACUUCCCUGCUCAGUUUAAACACCAUCCUGGGCCAUUUGGGAGGAAAAGAUGACUGUGUGACAUCUCCCUGAAUAAAGAUUCCCAAGGAAGCUGAAGAGACAGCCCUCGGGGAGGCAGUAGUGGUGACCCUGCCCUGGGGCAGAUGCUCAUGGCAUCUCUCUGCCUGUCUAGUUUGUAUGAGGAAGGGUGGUGAUGGUUUGGUAGUUCGUGAUUUUAUAGAUAAGGGAAGCUAAUGAUGAAGGGAUGGAACAGAGUAAUCAUGACAGGAGAAGCCAGAGCACCCUCCAUGGGCCCCUUCUCUGCUGGUGACUAUGAAGACGGCAGCUUCCCUCCUCACUGGAUCACGCUGCACAGUUGGCCCACAUUGGAGGUGGCUAUGUGCCCAGCUGUCACCUCCCACGAUCUACCUUUUGUGAAUGUCUGAGGAAAUGAAUGCCUUUUCUCCUUUGUCUAUGAAGUUCUUGGCCUGUGGAGAAGAUUCUUUGCCCUGGAGAGGAACCCAGCAGAGAGCAUGUUUGAGUUGCAGAGGGGCCAGUGCAGUUGAACAAACACUGAUUGUGCUCUGGCUUGUGGUGGAGUAGGGGUGACUGAUAAGGACAAGAUAACCCCUGAAUGAAACACUCAGUAUCUGGGGUUAAUGGGGAAACCCGACCAACUGGGAGGUGGGAAAAGCCAGGGAGAGUGAUAAAAUAUAAUAUUCUAAAAAUCAGGAGAGAGAUGAAUUCUGAUUGAGACAGGGUAGGAGGGAUGCAGAGAGCAGAGGUCUUCUCAGGGCAGCUCCAUCACUGACACCCCCAUCAUCGCCACCAAGCUGUUUCCUUAUGAAGAAAGUGCUAAGUAGAAUUUGGAGGGUUGGCUGUGAGCCCAGAUUGGGUCAGGAACUCAGAACUAUUGAAUGGAGGCUAGAGAUUAAAAUGAGGAGAGUUUUUGUUUUUAACUUUUUGUCAUGGAAAAUUUUCAAAACUUGCACAGAAGUACAGAGAAUAGUAUAGUGAAUUCCAGGUACUUAUUACCCCAGUUCACUUGGAAUUUAGUCAAAGUCACAGCCAAUCUUUUUUUUUUUUUUUUUUUUGGUACUGGGAUUGAACCCCAAACAGGAUCUUGCUAAAUUGCUGAGGCUGGCUUUGAACUUUUGAUCCUCCUAUUUUAGCCUUCCAAGCUGCUUGGAUUACAGAUAUGUGCCAGUCUUUUAUUCAUCUUCCUCCACUCCACCACACACACUAUUUUCUGGAAUAUUUCAAGAAUUUUAACACAAAUUUCAGAUUUAUUUGAUUCAUAAAUUCUUCAGCAUGAAUCUCUGAUAAGAAUUUUUUUUUCAAUGCUGGGAAUUGAACCCAGGACCUUGUGUAUGUUAGACAAACACUUUGCCCCUGAGCUACAUCUCUGGCCCUUUUUAUUUUAUUUUGA